AUGAGGUACCAUACAUCCAGCGAUCCAAGGUCUAGAAGGCAAGAUAAUUACGGUCUAAAUCACAAGCAACUUCAAGACCUGGACCAUUGGCCACCAAACUCUGGAUAUCUGGACUACAUCACGGAUAAUCGAAAUCAACAUUAUUGGCGUGCCUACGUCGGCCAAUCCGAAGCUCCUCUGCUGCGGAUAAAACAUCAUAUGAGGACAAUUUACAGCGGAGACCAUGAUACCCUCCAUUAUUACAUUGUGCACAAAGGGUCCGGCCAUCGACAAGCAAACUUCAUCAGACUAUGGACCAUUGUGUAUCCACCGACUAUGGAUACAUCUGUUCUCGUUGUUACCAGUAAUGUUCUGGAAAUGGUGAUGACGAGGGCUUUUCAAUCGCAUCUGCCAGAAGUAUUAGAGAAAUACUUUGGUGGCCCUCCUGACAUGGAGGGUUCAAAAUACUCAGGCGUGGGUCUAAACAUUGUACCCCCUCAAAGUGGUUUCACAAAGUCCGAUUCUCUUAUUUGGACAUUCAACUUCCGCCGAUACAUACUUAGUCCAGAAUCUUUUGAGGCUGCCCUCUUGGAACCGAAGAGGCAGCAAUGCUGA